GAUCGCGACGCCAACCUGUUCCAGCAGCAGUUGGCGUGGUACACUUGCAGCGGUAUUCCGCUGUAUUGAUGUGCACAUACUGUAAAGCUAAUUACAUAAGUUUCAAUUCAAGUAAUAGCCACUACGCUUCGCUCGGCUGCGAGGGCACCGUAGCUCUGAAAGAAGGCCAAGCUUACAGAUAAUGACUGUAGGAGAUGAAGGGAUAAAGGGAUAAGGGCGCGCGAUGGCAAAUAGCGAAAGGUGGCGUCGCAAGCGCGGGAGUGUGAGCGGUCUCGCUUUGCUCCUGGCCGCGUACAUAGCUGCAGCUCCACUUGCCAGAGUCAUUGAUACAGGAGUGGAUGCGCCGCCGCCGUUUGAUGGUACGCCCUCGGAGUCACCAGACUUCAACACAACCAUCACCACCAACAACGCACCGCCGCCCCCUGAUGAUCAGGCGCUGCCGCCGCCGCCCCCAGGGGCAGGCGGCAAUCAGCCCCCGUCUCCCGCCGCGGCAGGAACAGCCGCCCAGCCGCCGCCACCCACUCAACUGGGCGGCGGCGGGAGCGACGACGAGAUGCCGCCCGACAGGGCCCACACAGAUGUGCUCCCGCCGCCGCCACCGGCCAAAGCGAUCCCGCCCCUCCGCCUCGUGGGUGGCUCCACGUCAUACUCGGGCCGACUGGAGAUCUUCCUUGAUGGCGCAUGGGGAACAAUUUGUUCUGACGGCUGGGUGAACUACCCGGACAAUGCCAAGGUGGCGUGUAAACAGUUGGGAUUCAGCGGUUGGUCGUACGGCUCUCGCUGGUACACGUCAUCUACAAGCGUGCCCUGGGACUACUUCCAAACCGCAUGGAACGCGAGGAUUGUCAUGUUCAGUGUGCGCUGCAGCUUCAUGGACACCUACCUGGCCGGAUGCUGGUGGGCCAGGUCGCCGGUGGGGUUCGCCUCCUGCACGCAUGCGCAGGACGUCGGCGUCUCAUGUGGCGGAUCGCGCCCGCCGAUGCCACCUCCAGACUCACCCCCUCAGCCGCCCCGGUCUCCGCCACCGCCCAGCCCGCCGCCGACGCCCCGCGCCCCCCGCCUGCCGCCGGCGGCCCCCAAGCCGCCGCCGCCGCCCCCACAGCAGGGCGACGCCGCGGUGCCCUUGCCCGACUGGAGUCACAGCUGUCAGGUCAGCUUGCGGGAUCCAGGGAGUCUGAAUCCAAACGCGCCGGCGCCUGGCGGCGGCAGUAGCAGCGGCACGCCGUACAUCCGCUGCGAGGCGGCCGCAGCUACAGCCGCGGCUGCGGCUGUAGCAGCAGCCGGGGUGGUGGCGGCGGCUGCGGGCGGCGGCGCUGGAGGUCCUGCUGAGCAGGGAGCAACGGCGGCGGUGGGCAUGGUGGCUGUGAUGCUGGGGCCGUCACUGGCGCCGCUCCACGCCGCGGGCCUGCUACAGCUGAGCGGCGUGCAGGUGCUGCAGUGGAUUCGAACCGGCAGCAGCAGCAGCAGCAGUAGCAGCACCGCCGCCACCGGCAGUAGCAACAGCACAUCUUCUGGCCCGGACUUCGGCAUCACCUUUGUUGGCGUGCCGCACUUGUUGCUGCGGGACUCGGAGCUGACCGGCAUGCCCCUGUCCGGCGCCGCGCCGCUGGUGGUGUGCGUAAACUGCACGUUCCUAACCGUUGAACGGUUGACAGUUGAGGACUUAACCGGCGAGCCGCUCGUCCCCAGCGCCAACGGCAUACCGUACGUACGGCGAGUGACAUACGGCGCGGUUGAGGCCAACGGUCUGGUGGCGGCGCGGCUCGCCGGCGUGUCGUGCAGCCGUGUCGUGAACUCGUACGGUUUUGCGUGCGUACGGCUGUCGUACCUGCCACUGGACGUACGGCGCAGUGCGCUGCUGGCGGCGGCGAAAGUAACAGGUGCCGCCGCCGCUGCCAGUAGCAGCAGCAGCAGCAGCAGCGGUGAAGCUGGCGUGGCAGCGGCGACCACAACCGCAGACGUGGAGGUCGGAUCAGCUCCAACAGCACCAGCGCCAGUAGCGUCAUUAGACGCCACAGGCACGGCGGCGGCAGCGGAGGUGACCCUUGCUGACGUGCGGCCGCCGCCGGUGCUUCACUUGUUGGAUUCCUCCUUCGCCAACACCUCGGUGGUCUGGUCGGCCUCGAAGGAUGUCGUACCGGCAAAAAUGUUCGUACCAACUGCCUCGUGCGGCGCAUCAGCAAACAACAAAACCAUGCUGGGUUACGGUGCCGUGCUGAUCGACUUUGAUGCCCGCUACCCCAUGCCCACAAACGACACAACCACUGCCAUCAGUACCAUCACCGGCAGCAGCAUCAGUAAUGAUACCACCAGCAGCAGCUCCGGGGAACCGAUUAACGUGACGAUGGGGCCGGUGGUAAUGAGCGGCAAUGCCCCAUUGGCUGCCUCUGUCAAUGGCAGCAGUAGCAACGGCAGCAACAGCAGCACAGCAGGCGGCGGCGGGGAUGAGGACGCGAGCGCGUGGUCGGCAGUGGUCGUGCAGGGCGCCCGGUUCGUUGGGAACCGGGGCGGAUGCGGCGCCGGCCUGGCACUCGACUUGAAGAAGCUGCCGGUCAAGCUGAGCCUGUCGCGAGUCAACGCCACAGAGAAUGACGUCAUGACUGGCACGUUUGAGAGCGGCGAUGGCGGCGCUUUCUACGUGCUGGGCGGCGGCCGCUCUCGAGUUACCAUUUCCGGCGGAUCCGUUCUCAGCAGGAAUGGCGCCACUCACGGCGGAGCCGUUUACGCUGAGUCAUCCACCUCCCUCGUGUUUGAGGUGUCGGGGGGCUCGCGCCUGGUCCUGAACCGCGCCGGAUUUGCUGCCGGCGCGAUCAGUGUGGGAGGAAAGCAGGAGGUCGCGAUCCGCAUCACUGGAUCCAGCGCCGUGUCCCGAAACUCCGUAUCCGGUUUUGGCGGCGCCAUCCUCGCGUUUGCCAAAACCGGCAGCCUGGUGGUUUCGGACCAUAGCUCCGUAUCAGGCAACGUGGCAAACCUGUACAGCCCAUCUGAUGCAAAGACGAAUGGCGGCAACGGCGGCGGCGCGUGGCUGGAGUUUCAGAACACGACACUGGUCGAGGUGUCUGGGGGCAGCGCCGUCUCCAACAACGCGGCAUACAACAACGGCGGCGGGCUGUAUGUGUGGAAGGACCUCGGCACCUUCACACUCAAUGGUUCAAUCAUGUCGGGCAACUCGGCUCGGGGCGGGCCGUUCUGCGAGGGCGGCGCCCUCUUCAUAGACCGGAGCGCCGCCAACAUCAUAUUGGAUGGCGGCGCCGUGAUGAACGACAACCGGGCCGGGCUGUGGGGCGGCGGUAUCGGAAUUGCUGGAAACGAAAUCUCGUCUAGCACCAACCUGACCGUACUGGGCAGGCUGGUUGUAAAGGGGGCGUCAACGAUGUCCGGAAACUCCGCAGGACAGUCUGGAGGAGCUGUGCGGGUGAGUGGCACGGACGGCGACCCAGUGCCAUCAGUGGAGCUGACGGAGGGGAGCCGCUUCAUCAACAACACCGCCAAGCUCGGGGGAGGGGCGUUGUACUUUGGCGGGGAUGUGUUGAGCCUGUUCACCAGUGGAGCGCUCCUGUCCGCAAACGGAGUGCCGCCUACCUUCCGUGAAGGGGACUAUGACAACGGCGGGGCCAUUUACGUCUCUGGGUCCGUUCGGAACAUGACGCUGGUGAACACGACACUGACGCGGAACGUGGCGCGGGGCGGCGGCGCGAUCGCGGUGUACAGAAACGCAACCGUCACGAUCAUCAACUGCACCAUCACCCAGAACCAGGCGCUGUUGUACGAUGGCGGCGCGCUGUGGUUCGGCACGGUGGACACACUGCGAUUGGCGGGCGGCACGGUCAUCGCAAACAACAGCGCCGCGCGAUGCGACAUCGCUGAAACCCUGCCCUGCAAGUCGGGAGCCAAUCGCGCCCGCGGAGGUGCCAUCAUGGUCCAGUCAAACGCGGGCGAGGUGGUGCUCGAGGGCGGCGUCGUGGCGGCGGACAACAGGGCAGGCGUGAGCGGCGGGCUGCUGCAUGUGGGCGGCGCACUGACCAGCUUGCGGGUGGACACGGGCUCCGUGGUGCGCGGCAACGCAGCCCUGUGGGCGGGUGGAGCCGUGUUCGGGACGAUGGCGGUGGGGGCCGUGGAGGUGGCGGGCGGCAGCAGCGUGUCAGGCAAUGUGGCCCAGGAGUUUGGAGGUUUUAUGGCGGCGGCCGGUAGGCUCGCCACGUUCACCGUCUCCGGCGGCAGCAGCCUGACCCAAAACUCUGUGGUCAACGGCAGCGGUGCCGUACUUGCAGUGGAUCGCAACAUCAGCAGCUUUACCAUCACAGGCGGCAGUGACGUGUCGUACAACUCCGCGCCGUACGGCAGCGGCGCCGUGCUGUACGUGGGCGGAUCCGUCAACGGUUUCUCGGUUGGCGGCGGCAGCACAUGCGCGCGCAACACAGUAGGAAGGGCCGGCGGCGUGGUGGCGGCGGAAGGCGCCGUACGCAACGUGCUGAUCAGCGAGGGGAGUCGCGUGGAGGACUGCGCCGCCGCCGCGUACGGCGGUGUCAUUCACGCGAAGGGCAGCCUUCAGAACGUCACGGUUAAAAACUCCACGAUCCGAAACUGUACGGCAGGCAUCGGCGGCGGCGCCUUCAGUACUGCCGGUGACGUACGGAACCUCUCACUGGCGGGCGGCGCGGCGUUGUGGGAUUGCACUGCCACGGAUGCGGCUGCGACCAGAACCGGCGGCGCGGUGUUCGCGGGCCGGGAUUUGGAGGGCCUGACGCUGACAGGCGGCAGUAGCAUCGAGGGUGGCGGCGCCGACCAGGGCGGCUGCGUGUUCGUGUACGGCGGCGCGCGCCGCAUCGUGCUGGCAGGCGGCAGUAGCAUACGGCGCUGUACGGCACGGUUGGGGGGUGCGCUGUUCGUAGGAUCGGAGGGCCUGACUGGCCUUAGCCUGACUGGCGGCAGUAGCAUCGGCAGCAGCAAUGCCGCGGCUCGCGGCGGCUGCGUCUACGUGGGCGCCGCCAAUGGCGGCGGCGGCGCCGCCGGCGGCGCGAGUGACACCGACAGCGGCAGUAGCAGCGACGGUGGUAGCGGCAGCGGCAGUAGCAGCGGCGGUGGAAUGCGGCGGGUGACGCUGACGGAAGGCAGCGAGAUUUUUGGGUGUACGGCACAGGAGGGCGGCGCGGUGUUUGUGGCGCUCGGCGCGGCGGCGGACUGGCGGUUGAGUGGCGGAGCCGCCAUUCGCGCAAACAGGGCGCUGCUGGAUGGCGGCGCGAUCUGGGCGGCCGCAGCCGGCAGCUGGACCCUGGAGGGCAACUCGAGCAUCAGUGACAACGCCUGCGGGCGUGAUGGAGCCGCGAUGUAUGUGUCAGACGGAGCCGUCAGCACCAGCAGCAGUGACAGCAGCGACGGCAGUAGCUCAGGGACCGGGGCCAGUGGCAGUGGCAGUGGCAGUAGCAGUAGCAGCAGUGGCUCGGCGGUGCAAUCGGCGGGCGCCGCAGGAGCAGGCCGCACCAAAAGCAGCAGUACCGCCUCACCUCCACGGCCUCCACCGCUGCUGGCGCCACUGCCGCCGCCACCGGUGCCGCUGCUGCUGCAGCUCACGCUGGCUUCUGGCGGCCGCGUUUCGAGCAACCGCGCAGAGCGGUUCGGCGCCAUUUUCCUCAAGGGCACGGGCGGCCUGCAGCUCUUGAACGUGACGGGUGCCGGCAGUGCCGUCUCAUCCAACUCCGCGCUUAGCGGCGGCGCAUUCUACGUCACAGGCCCGGUGGCGUUGGUGUCGGUGGCGGCUGGCGGCGCGGUCACAGGCAACCGCGCCACAGGAGGGCGCGGCGGUAGCAGUGGCGGCGAUGGGGGAUUCCUCGCAACGCUGCAGGAUUUGGGGCGGCUGGAGGUGGUUGGAGCCGGCAGUGCCUUAUCAGGUAACCUGGCACUUGACGGAAACGGAGGCGCGGCGAGCGUCACCGGCGGCGCGGCGAGCGUGGUCGUGGCCGACGGGGCUGAGGUGUCGGGCAACCGCGCGCGCUUCGGCGGCGCGGUGGCGGUGAAGGGCCGCGUCGCGGCCUUUGAGCUGACUGGCGGGGCUGCCGCUACAAACCAGUAUGCGCAGUACAGCGGAGCUGUACUGCACGCCGGCGGCGGCGCCGCCGCCGUACGGCUGGCUGGCGGCGCGCGCGCCGCCGGCAACCGCGCUGGUUUGCAUGGCGGCCUGUUGUGGGCGGCGGGCGUGGGCGAGGUGGUUAUGACUGGCGGUGUGAUGGUGGAGCGGAACCGGGCGGUGCUGGGAGCGGGCGGCGUGCUGGCGGUUGAGGGGAGUGGGUUGGGGAGGUUGGACGUGACCGACGGCUGCGUGGUGCGAAACAAUGCGGCAGCGACCACCGGCGGCUUUGUUUACAGCGAAGACCUGGUCGCCGCGGCGGCGGCACCUGUUGCUGCUGAUGCUACUGCUUCUGCCAGCAUUGCUACUGCGGAUGCCGCUGCUCCUGCUACUGCCACGGAUGUUACUGCUGCCGCUGCCUCAGCAGAGCCGGCGGCGGCGGGCACGGAUGCGGCGGUGGCGACGCAGGUGCGGCUGGCGAGCAGCAGCUUCACGGGCAACUCGGCCGGCACGGCGGGAGGCGUCCUGGCGUUUGGCUCAACAGCCGUGGCGGUGGCGGGCUGCGUCGUGGCCAACAACACCGCAGCUGCGUCCGGAGGCUUCCUCUUCUUGGGCCGCCAACAGGCACCCGACGCUCAGGAUGCCGUUCUGGAGCCAACGCCCGCUGGGGCCGACUCCUCCUCGUCGUCGUCCUCUUCCUGCACUGCUCGCCCCGCAGCCGCUUUUUUCUCAAGUGAGGACUCGACGUACGCCGGUAACCAGGCAGGCGCGUACGGCGGAGUUGUGGCCCUGUACGGCAGCAGCGGCAGUAGCAGUAGCAGCAGCAGCAGCAGCUCCGGCGGCAGUGGCAGUAGCAGCAGUAGCGCGUGCGGGGUACCCAGGCAGCAGCUGGUGGCGAGUGUGGCGCGCUCGCAGUUUGUGGGGAAUGGCGCGGCCGCUGGCGGCGGCGCGAUUGCGGUGCUGAUGAUGACCGCGGAUGCCAGCGGCGCUAACAGUAGCAGCAGUGGCAGUAGCAGCAGUGCAGUGGCCGGCAGCAGCAAUGGGCAGCAGCAGCAGCAGCUGCCCCUGGGAGGGCAGCCGGCGGAGGUGCGCGUCUCAAUCAGUGGCACGCGCCUUGUCCGGAACGUGGCAGGCCGCAUUCCUGGGGAAGCUGGCAGUAGCACCACUGGCAGCAGCAGUGGCAGUAGCAGCACGCCGCAGGUCGUGGUCAGUGGUGGCGGCGCGGUGCUGCUUUGGGUGGAACAGCCGCCACUGGCUGUAGCUGCUGCCAAUGCUGUGGGCACUGCCGCUGCCGUCGGAGUCAAUAGCUCGCUGGUAAUAGAUGGCUGUGAGUUCGCGUCCAACGCGGCAUGGGGUGGCGGCUCAGGAGGCGACGUCGCUGUGUGGAGUGCCACGGUGUCACAGCGGCAGCGGCUGUUGGCGGCGCUCGCUGGUGGUGGGAUUGCGACGGCCGCCACUACCGCCAGAUCGAACAACAGCAGCUCGGCGCUAUCAGCGCUAGCUGCUGCUGCUGCUGCUGGCGGCGACGGCAUACAGACCGUCCGCAUCGCCAACUCCACGUUUCAGAACUCGUCGUCGUCAGCGGACGGUGGCUCAGUCCUCGCCGUGUGCGGCAGUAGCAGCUUUGGAAGCAGUAGCAGCACUGGGGCCAGCAGCGGGGUUGAAGGAGGUAGUAGCAGCGUCGUUCCGCAGCUAACAGGAGCUAAUGCAUGCACCCUUGCCAUCAGCAACAGCAGCUUCAGGGGUGCUACUGCCGGCCAGGAUGGGGGCGCUCUAGCCGUUGCUGCUGUGGCGGGCGGCGGCGGUGCUACUGCCGAUACCGCCGCCAGCAAUGGUGGCAGUAGCAUCGGCCGAAUGGCGGCUGCAGCGGGAGCGGCGGCUGUGGAGCUCGAGGGCUGCCGGUUUGAAAUCAAUACCGCUUCUGGCCGGGGCGGAGCCAUCAGCUAUGUUGAGCUUGCUUGGGUGCAGGCAGCAGAGUCGCCACCUUGCGGAGCGAGCAGCAGCAGCAAUGGCAACACUAGCAGCAACAACGCCGGAUGUUUUGCAUUCAACACAUCACGUGCGCGCGUUGGUCUGCUGGUGCGUGCCUCUCGGUUUACCAGUAACCGAGGGGCGGGUGGCGGCGGGGCCUUGGCGCUGGCAGGGCGCUCGGCCGCACACAUACUUGAUAGCACUUUCAGUGGCAACGCAGCGGCGGCAGGCGGAGGGGCGGUCCUGGCGCGUGGCUGCGGCCUUGUGCUCAUCAAUGGCUCCAGCCUGAGUGGAAACAGUGCCAUAUCAGGCGGAGGUUUGUUCGUGUCGCCGGCGGAGGCCGUAGCAGAAGCGCCAGCAGCAGCAGGAGCGGCAGUAGCUGUAGCAGCCGUUCCAGGCGGCAGUAGCAGUGCGCCGCAGCGCCGCCGCACGCAGCAGCAGCAGGCUGCUGUCACAGCCGUGUCUACACGCAACUUCGCAGCGUUGAUUGUGCUUGACACCGUCUUUGCCAACAAUAUGGCCGUCCUGCCGCCUGCUACAGCAGGCGUGGCGGCGGCCGGGGCCGGGGCCGGGGCGGGGCUGGGCAAGGGUGGCGGUGUGUUUGUGCAGGCAGGCGUGUCGGCGCUUUUCCGCAACGCUUCCUUUGCGACCAGCAACACCGCCGCCUCCGGCUCUGCUCUGGCUUCAACGCAGCGCUGUAGCACCGGCGGUAGCAGUAGCAGUAGCAACAGCGGCAGUAGCAGCAGCAACAGCAGCAGCUCUGGGCUGCUUGUUGAGGAUCUGGUCAAGCAGUUCGAGGCCAACGGCGCCGCUGGUGUCUCUGACUGGCUGGCUGCGCUCUACACGGCGCACCAGCACCAGCAGGGGACUGCGGACUACUGCUGGCCACUGCUCCUCCUGGACACCGCAGUGCCGCCGCCCUCGGUGCCAGAUGCGGCGACACAGCGCCGGCCGCGCCCUGUGUGGAUGGAGGAUGCAAACAUGACUGCCAUGGCCGCCUGGUGCCAAGGCGCCAGCACCGCAGCAGCUAGCAGCGACUCGGCAGCCGGCGGCGGCGGCCGUGUCGCCGCCCUGCUGCAGACCCUGGCGCAGUGCAGCCUGCCACAGCUGUCCUCCGUCUCCGAGCUGUCGGCGGCGGCGGCCGCGGCGGUCGAGUUCCCGCCCACACAGCUGCGGCUGCAGCUGCCGUGCUCCAUGCUUCAAAGCGGCAGUAGCAGUGACAGCAGCAGGAGCAGCAGCAGUAGCAGCAGCGCCGACACCGGCAGUAGCAGUGGUGGCAUGUGUGUCGUUGGUGGCAGGGCUGCAUCGGCGUAUGGCGCGGGCGCCGCGGCGCCUCAGCAGCAGCCGCGCCCGCCCGCCACCACCACCUCCACGGCCACUGCCACGGCCACUGCCACCGUCGUCAGUGUGUUGCCUGAGGAGCCCUUCGCGGUGCAGGUCCAGUUGGUGGACGCACACGGCAGCGCCACUGCUCCGGUUGCCAGUAUCUACAAGGUGACACUGUCUGUGCGCGCGCUGCCGCCGCCCUCUGCCGCCGUCUGGUCUGCCGCCGGAAGCAUCAACUCCAGCAGCAACAACACACCAUCAGCUACUGCUGCGCAAGCCACGCCGGGCACGGCCGCCUGGCUAGACAGCAUCUGCGCCCCACAGCUAGGAAAGCUUCAGCCGGCGGUGGCUGACACCGGCGGCGCCUGGUGGUGGUGCGACCCGGACUUUGCAAACCUGGAUGUGGGUCGGUCGCAGUCGUUGACGGCGGUGAUGGAGGCGGGCGCGGCGGAGUGGCCGCGGGUGCUGCUGCGUGGCUGGCCCGGGGAUUACCUGUUGGUGCUGAGGGCCGCGGGGCCGCUGCAGAUCUCUGAGCUGUCUGUGCCGCUGGAGGUGCGCCGCUGCGCCGCCGGCCAGACCCCAGACAACCGCUUCGCCGCCACCAGCCAGGUGCCUGCCUGGACCGGCUGCCGCACCUGCGAGCGGGGACAGGUCGGGCUGCUGCCCGACCGCCGAGCUACAGCCUCGGAGCUGGCUACAGCCGCCGCCACCGCAGCUACAGCCGCUGCUGGUGGUGGUGCUGGUGCUGGUGGUGCUGUGGCUGUAGCAGUGGCGACGCGGCAGCAGCUGCUGCUGCCGCAGCUGACGGGGCGGGCGAUGGCUGGGGAGGUGGUGAGGGCGUACGAUGGGGCGGAGGGUGUGUGCAGGGAGUGUCCUGACAACGCCGAGUGCCCCGGCGGCCGCGCCGUCGUGCCCCUGCCCGGCUACUGGCACUCCGCGCCCAACUCCGCGGCCGUGCAUGCCUGCUACGUACCCGACGCAUGCGCCGGUCCCUCCGACCUGGCCUACCUCCUGCCCACCACCGACGCCAGGAGCAGCACCGGCGGCAGCAGCAGAAGCAGCCUCAACACCUACCCGCCGCCGCCCGCCCUUGGCAGCAGUAGCACAGGCACCGGCGGCAGUAGCAGUGACGGCAGUGGCAGCAGCAGCAGCAGCAGUAGCAGUGGCGUCGGGGGUGUCGGUGUGAACGAACGGACGCAGGCGCUGCUGGCGUGCCAGGUGGCGUUGUACAGCUCGGGGUCCCCGCCGUACGGCGACGCCUCUGCCGGGUGGGCCAGCAACGCGACCAGCAGCGGCGGCGCCGGCUGCUCCCUGGGCGCCUACAUGCAGCUGCAGUGCGGCGACGGCUACACGGGCAACCUGUGUGCGGCGUGCCUGCCCGGUUACGCCGUCAGCCAAGACCUGGAGUGCGGCGCCUGUCCCUCCAUGGCCCGCACCCUGGGUCUGAGCCUGCUGGCCUUCUUCGGAAGUGUGGCGCUCAUCCUGUACACCGCCAUUGCCAGCCUGGGCGCCGCAACCGCCAGCAGCGAAGACGCCAGCGGCGUCACCAAAGGCGACAUCAUGAAGAUUCUCAUUGUUCACUGCCAGUAUACUGUAAUCAUCACCCGGCUCAACAUUGACUAUCCAGCCGUCAUCACAACACUGAAGGCCGCGCUGGGCUCCAUCACGGGCGCCGCCAGUCAGGGCAUCUCCUUCAACUACGGCUGCCUGGUGGCGGCGGCGCCCACGGCGCAGCGGGCCAUGGCGCAGCUGCUGGGGUCGCUGCUGGUGCCGUGUGUUGUCGUGGCGUUCAGUCUGGCGCUGUGGGCGCUCAGGUACCGCUUCCUUCACCAGGCCGUGCUGAAGCGCACACGCGCCACACACGGCCGCCGCCGCACAACGCCCGACGCCCUCCCCUCCUUCAACUUUUACAACGACCUUAUGCCGCCUCUGGACGAGGCCAGCAGCAGCCAGCAAGAGGGGCGAUCGGAGGAGCCGGAGGAGGAGCAGGACGGGGAGGGGGAAGGGAUCGGUCAAGGCAGCGGCAGCGGCAGCAGCCGCGGCAGCGGGCGGAGAGUCAGCAGCGGGGAGGCGGCGGCUGGCCACACACCGCGACAUGACAGAUGCAGCGAGCCCGCGGCGAUUGACGCCGCGGCGGCGGGUGGCCUUGAUGAUGCGACAUUGGCAGCUAGCCAUGGGCUGUGUAAGCCAGCAGGAGCCGCCGGAGCCGCAGCCGCGGUACCAGCAGCGGAGGUGGAAGCAGCAUCCGCUCUCACACCAGCAGGCGGGGGCGUGGCAUGGGGCGCAGGCGCGCUCGUGUCCGCAGCAGCAGCGGCAGAUGCCGCGACCGCCUGCUGCUCGGCACAUGAAGUCUUGCUGCAGCCGCAGAAGCAGCGGCGCUCUCACACCUCCCACCACUCGCGCACCACCAACAGCGCGGAUGACGACGACGCAGCACACACAGCAGAGGCGCCCACCUCACUCCCACAGCAUGAGGAGCAGGAUGAGCAUCGGCAGCAGCAGCAGCAGCCGCAGUCAGCGACAUGUCAGAUGCUGCCAUUGCCUCCGGCUGCGCCGCUGCCGCCGCCGGCUGCGCCACUGCCACCUGCCCUGCCUUCCCGAGCCCCUAGCUAUGACCCUGGCGUGUCGCAAGGCCCUGCUGCGGCUGCUGCAGCUACUGCGGCUGCUGCAAGCGCAGCCCAUCGCACACACUCUCAUACCAGCAGCUGGCAGAAGCCCGCGACCUCGACGCACUCCACCAGCUCACAGAGUUCGCCCCACACGUACCAGCAGCAUCCGCCAACCGGACCCGGGUCAUCAGCGCCGCAGUCACGACAGCACUCCGCCUCUGGCGCGCCGCCGCCACCGGCACCGCACACCCAGCCUUCCCAGCCUGGAUCCCGCCGCGCCUCUCACGUGGCAAUCCUGCAGGGCCCCUCACCCUCGGCGGCCUCAGCCACCCAGCAGCGAACACACGCGCCUCCCCUCGGCCCCAGCCAGCCACCACCCGCGCUCCCGCCCUCCGCCGGCAGCGGCACCUCCCUCCAGCAGCAGCCCUCCACCCAGCGGCCCUCCUCUGUGCACCAACCCCACCAGCACCAACACCACCACCAGCCGCGCACCUCUGGCCCCCGCGGGCCUCCAACCCGCGACUCCGCCGGCUCCCACAACCCUUGGUCCUCCAACCUCGCCUCGCGCUACGCUCGCGACCGGUCCUCUGCCGGCGGCGCCGGAGGCGGCUACGAACGCUACAGCCACUUGUCCCACGUGUCCUCAGCUAUGCGGAAGCUGGGUUCACGAGCGCUGAUGCUGGUGCGGCCGCGUGACGCGGCGCCCACCAGCGCGUUGGCGCUUGCAGACACCAGCCUGGGCUUCUGGCAGCAGCUGGGGCUGGUGCUGCUGUCGGGCGUGUUCGUGUUGUAUGCGGGCUGGGCGCAGGCGGCCUUAUCGGUGUUCAGCUGCUACCGCAUUGACGAGGGCGGGAGCCUGGUACCGGAGAACGAGCGGGCGAACUGGCCGCGUGGCUACUGGUUCCUGGACAUGCAGCAGGCAUGCUACAGCGGCACCCACCUGGCUCUGUACCUGCCCAUCGGCAUCGUGUCGGUGUGCCUGUUCUGCCUGGCGCCGCCGCUCAGCUCCUUCCUGCUCAUGUGGCGGGCGCGGCACCGGCUCGCGGAGUACCGCACGCAGCAGAUGUGGGGCUUCAUGUACAAGCGCUACAGGCAGCGGUUCUUCUUCUGGGAGUCUGUGCUGCAGCUGCAGACGCUGGCGCUGGUGGCGGUGGACGUGUUUGGUCGCGGCAUGCCCGUGCUGUACCAGGCGCUGCUGCUGCUGGCGGUGCUGCUGUCCAUCGCCUCCGUCAACAUGUUCUGUGCCCCGCUGCGCACGCGUCGCCUGGUGGUGCUGGAGUUUUCCUCCCACAUGGUCUUGUGCCUCACCAUCACAUUGAGUCUCUACUUCAUCCCCACGGAUGCACUGCCGCUGUCGGAUGGCGAGGCGACCGCUGUGGGGGCUAUCAUGUUUGCGCUCAACAUAACACUGCUGAUCGCCUAUGUGGCCUACAUCCUCGCGCUCAGCUGGCCCGCCUUCAAGCCGCACGUGGACCGCGUGCGCGGCAGCGCGGCACACGCCGCGCGGCGCGUGCUGCGCCGCCGCGGAGCGGUGUCGUCCGAGGGCCCCUCGCAGCAUGCGGAGCACGGGGCCCGGAACGUGGAGGGCAAGGGCGGCGCGGCGGUUGGGGAAGGAGGAGGGCACGAUGGGUCGUACGAGGUGGAGGAGGGGCGGCCUGCUGGCGGUGGGGGUGAGCUGCGGCAGCCGGGGCUGGAAGGCAGGUGGGCUGAGGCAGGCUCGUGUGGGCGCGAGGACGCAGCCCUGGGGACGGGCGCCACCGGCGUCCGGCGGGAGUUGGGGGGUGCGCCGGAGCUGCCGACAGGCAGCAGUGGCGCUGCCAAGGAGGAUGGGAAGGCGAAGGCGUGCUAAAAGAACAUGCUGAUGGGCGUUCACGCAUGGGUGACGUGGGCGGAAUCACCGAGGCAGGGCAACCUCCAAGCUGCCUUUCGGGGAGCGCCAGUGAGCGCAAUAAAUGUUGGGGGAAUGGCGCUGAGAAGCAGCGGUGGUUGUAGGCCACAAGGGCCGUGUGUGAUCCCGAGUAUGACUUGCCGCAUUGGUGAAUGCGGGCCGAACUUGCAGCACGCAGCGCGGAGUGACUGAGUGAGGUCACCUGGUCGUGUGGCAUGCAGCACGCGAAUGCCCUGUUGACUGUCCAACAUUGUGCGGCGUGCGCAGGUUGAAUGAGUAUGUGCUCGUAAGAUAAGUGCGUGCUCGUCAGAUUGUGAUGUUGAAUGAGUGUGUGCUUGUAAGAUUGUCGCAUGGCGUGCAUUCCAUUGAGCAAUGUUGUGGCCUUCGACCAAUUUGUGGCCUCAAAUUGGCGCUGCUCUCAUUCUCCGGGGGGCUGCGUUGUUCGCAAGAUACUUGGCGUUGCUGUCGGGUGUGGCUGUGAAUGUUCGCAUCAAACUAAUUACUGUGGAACUUGUCGUGGGGGAACUUGUGGAGAUUCAGAUUGGGCGGUUCCUUUGGCACCAAGGUAUGCAUAAGGGCGUCUGGCGGCAUUCUUUGAUGUCGUGGUAUUUGCUAGGCGUUAGCCUCCGCUUGGAGUACUCCCGCUAGCGUGCGACUGCAGGGCUGCAGUGGCUGUUGGGAUGCAAACGUAUCUGCUGCAAUUGUUGCAGCAGCCAUGCCGCCCUGGCAGUGAUGGUAAUGGUAC